CCCUACCAAAAUGAAGAACUUGAUCAUUCUUCUUCCCUGCAUUUUCUCUCUAUUUCCGAAACUCGGUCUCUCCUCCACCGUUCAAGUGAACUACUACAGUCAUAUGUGCAGCGACGAAACCUACAUUAAACCCAGUCUCUACGAGACCAACUUGAAUCUUGCACUGGCCAACCUCUCCUCACAAGCAUCAUCCAACCGUAGCUUCUACAGAUUCACCGUCGGCACUGGCUCCGACCAAGUUUAUUCGCUCUACCUCUGCAGGGGUGAUGUCAGUCACGAUGUUUGUAAAUUAUGCAUUCAUAACACCACAAAUCUCCUCCCCAAACAAUAUUGCCCAAACAACAAAGCAGGUGUCAUUUGGUACGACGAGUGUAUGCUUCUCUACACAAAUCUGACCACCUUCUCCAUAGGAGUAGAAACUGAUGGAUACUGGUUUAGCUCCUUCAGUGAAUACAACGUGUCAAACCCUUUACAAUUAACCAAGGUACUUUCGGAUACAAUGAAUGAACUGAUCAAGAAGGCGGUGAGCAUUGAAACCUCGCCGCGGUAUUUUCAGACUGGGGAGGUUAAAUUGACGAAAUUUGAAACGUUGUAUUGCCUGGUGCAGUGCAUUCCGGAUAUUACAGAGUUUGAAUGCAAUAGAUGCUUGCAAGUGGCAUUGGCAUAUUAUCCUAGUUGUUGCACUGUUGGGAGUUUAUGGACAAGGAUAGUUGCAGAAACUUGUCAAUUAAGGUAUGAUACAGCCCCUUUCUACACUCCGACUCCAUCAUCUCCUCCACCUCCUCUCGAGGCAGCGGGGUCGUCGGGGACUCCACCAGCCACAUAUAGUACUCGUGAUGGAGGAAAUGGGAGAAGAAGAACAAUCAUAACUAUUGUGAGCGUUGUUCUUUCUUCGGUUCUAGUCAUGAUGGCAGCAUUAAUAGGGUUUCUCUAUACUCUAAAGAGAAGGAGAAUAGAAGAACAAGGAAAAAGAAUAUUUGAACAUAGAGGAGAACAGUAUGUUGAAUCCCAAGAUGAGUUCCCUUCGGUUCCAUUGGAUCUCAUAAUUAGCGCUACACAAGGUUUCUUAGAAACAAACAAGCUCGGAGAAGGCGGAUUUGGUCCUGUUUACAAGGGUACACUAAUUGAUGGUACAGAAAUUGCGGUUAAGCGACUAUCAAGAAGUUCAGGUCAAGGCCUACAAGAAUUCAAGAACGAAGUCUCGUUGAUAGCAAGAUUGCAACACCGCAAUCUUGUUAGACUAUUGGGUUGUUGUUUGGAAGGAAAAGAAUCCCUUCUAAUUUAUGAGUAUAUGCCAAACAAAAGCUUAGACUUUUUCAUCUUUAAUUCAACUCGAGCUCCACAACUAGAUUGGAGUAGACGCUUUAAUAUAAUUGAUGGGAUAGCUCGUGGGAUUCUUUACCUACACGAAGAUUCUCGACUCCGAAUCAUACACAGAGACCUUAAAGCUAGCAAUAUCUUGCUUGAUAACGAAAUGAAUCCAAAGAUUUCUGAUUUUGGAUUGGCGAGGAUUGUUGACGUUAAUCAAAGUGGGGAAAACACAAGCCGAGUCGCGGGAACAUAUGGUUACAUGGCACCAGAAUAUGUUUGGCAAGGAUUAUUUUCAGUCAAAUCGGAUGUUUAUAGCUUCGGAGUUCUUCUACUAGAGAUAAUAAGCGGAAAGAAAAAUUGGAGUUUUGAUCAAUCCGAGCCUGGAAAAGGUCUCCUAAUAUAUGCAUGGAAAGAAUGGAGGAAUGAUAAUGGUUUGGAGUUAAUCGACCCCGCAAUCCAGAAAACGUUUGUUGCGCAAGAAGUAUUGAAAUGUAUACACAUUGGCUUACUCUGUGUGCAAGAAGAUCCGUCAGAUCGACCCACCAUGUCAAGUGUGGUCGUAAUGCUUCGAAGUGAUACGAUGAAACUCCCGAUACCAGAACAACCAUUGUUCUCGCUCCAACGACGUGUUCUGAUCCCAACGGGUUCAUCAUCACAAGAAAUGAAAACAUUUUCUAAUAAUGAGGUAACAAUGUCCAAUAUAUUUGCCCGAUGAUCAAUGAAUUUGAGACUAGUUUUUAUUUUAUAGGGUAUGUUUUCUUAAAUAUUC